UUGGCCUUAUAUGUGGGCAUACCUAUUUCUAAAAAACCAAUCUCCAGAGGAUUCUCUGUAUUGCUUUGCUUCUUUGUUGCAGCUCAACAUCACAAGAAGGCUUUCUUUCUCUUUGAUCAAUCUCCAAGCCACCAUGUAUCCAAAUCAGUCAUACCCAUCGGCCGGGCUGCCUCCGGCGAUGGGCGUUCCCUCGGCGUUCCAGAUGCAGCAGGGGCCUCAUCUAUGGUCCACCGGACUUUGCGACUGCACCACCGACUGCUGGAGCUGUUGCAUGACUUGCUUCUGCCCGUGUAUCACGUUUGGCCAGAUUGCAGAGAUUGUGGACCAAGGAGCUACUUCAUGCGGUUCAAGCGGGGCACUCUUUGUAUUUCUGGGAAUCAUAUGUUGCCACUGGAUAUACUCGUGCUUCUACCGCUCCAAGAUGAGGACACAAUUCCGCCUGGCCGAGAGGCCCUGCUGCGACUGCCUUGUACACUGCCUUUGUGAACGAUGUGCUCUUUGCCAGGAAUACCGAGAGCUCCAGCGCCGUGGCUUUGACAUGGCUAUAGUUCGCAGCCUUUCUCUACUGCAAGGCCAUUACAAGGGCAUAUUCAGCUCGUCGAGAGAGGUUUGGCAUUGGAGUCCCUUCCAAAAGGUCCCCCUCAAUCGCCUGGCUCAAACUGCAGCAAUGAUCCCAACAAGCAGGGUGGCCAUUGCCCAAACUCUGGAAGAUAACUGGAUUUUCUAUGAUGAUGAAACUACAAUACACACUGAAGUGCAAUUAUGUUUAUAGGGUGAUGAUGUUUGUUGUUAGAACCUAAGCAGGGUUCAAGUCUAUACUCUGGUGGUUGUUAUGAAGUUUCGAAUAAUUUCUUUAUGUAUUUUGUUUUUGUUUUUUUUUUAAAUUUUUUUUCUGAGGGAAGCAAUAGGCCCUAGGUGCCUAUUUCAUAUGUUUAUUUAUGAAGAUAAGUGCCUUCUCGUGGGGUUUUGAAUGUUGUUCAUUUCAAGCACUGGUCAAUGCAAAAUUUCACUGAUUUGUUCCUAAAUUAAUCAACAAUAUUAGCAUUUGCAA